AGAAAGAGAAGGAACGAGCGCGAACGCAUCAAAUUGGGACAAAAAAAAGGCUAGCAAAUCCCCGUCUAGGUUGAUCGCAAGGAACCGUCAACCUUAAUAUCUUUAUUAUCACCGUAAUUAGCGCAUUCGUGCGUGUUGCUGCUGCUGCUGUUUGUUCUGAUAGUGGAUUGCGCCAGAAACACCCUCCACGCAGCCACACACACGCUCACACAGACGCCACCUAGCUCUAUUGUGCAAUCUCAGGGUGCGCCAGAUGAUUUGCUGCGCGGUCAGGGUUAUUCUGUGGUGAGUCUGUGGUGCAAGUCCAUUCUCCCUCCGGCCCGGCAAAGGGAUGGCAAAGAGUAGAAAUUUUGUGUUCGUGCUCGUGUGGCUUUCGCUGCUGAUCAGUGCCGGCAUACACCUGUUCUCGAAGGGUUUCCUGCUGACCCGCGUGGCCCAGACGAAUGUUAGCAGCUGCAUCAAUUACGACCAGUACCGGUGCGAAAGUGAUGGCAAGAAUGGGUCCACUCAGAAGAGUGAAUGCAGCGGCGCGGAGAAAGUGUCCUCCAUCCUGCGGGAUGUCGAUGUUGCUGCCGGCAUCUGCUUUCCACCGAAGGCACGUGUUAUCCUGCUCGUAAUCGACGCACUGCGGUACGACUUUGGAUUGUACAAUCCGGAAAACACGCACCCGGCACCGUACGAAAACAAUCUGCCAAUUCUGGAGGAACUGUUGCGUAAGCAUCCUGAUCACAGCAGGCGCUUGAAGUUUGUGGCCGAUCCACCGACCACAACGAUGCAGCGAUUGAAAGGCAUCACGACCGGCAGUCUGCCCACGUUCAUCGACAUCGGAUCGAACUUUGCGUCGCCCGAAAUCAACGAGGACAAUCUGAUCGACCAGCUGGUACGGGCAAACCGGACCACGGUGUUCCUGGGUGAUAGUACCUGGACCGAGCUGUUCCCGAACCGGUUCACCCGCGAGUAUCCGCUGCCGAGCUUUAACAUUUACGAUCUCGAUACGGUGGAUAGUGCGAUCGAAAAGCAGCUGCCCCGCGAGAUGGGACGAUCCGAUUGGGAUCUGAUAGUGGCUCACUUUCUCGGUGUGGAUCACUGUGGACAUCGGUACGGUCCGUCGCACGAUGAGAUGCGCCGAAAGCUGCGGGAAAUGAACGAUGUCAUCCGGAACAUUACCGAGCGGAUGGCGGAUGGGACGACGCUGCUCGUGAUCGGUGACCAUGGGAUGACCAAGACGGGUGAUCAUGGUGGUGAGACGGAAGAUGAGGUCGAAUCCUUGCUGUUCGCGUACUCCAAAGGAAGUCCACUGCUGACCCGAGCGUACGAUGGACAUGCCGAUACGAUGCAACAGAUCGAUCUAGUGCCAACGCUAGCUGCCCUGUUCGGUGUACCAGUACCGUACUCUAACCUUGGCCAGAUCAUGUUCCAGCUGUUGCCCGACGCACGGGUCGAUUCGUUCCUUCGCUAUCAGCUAGCGCUCGUGCACCUAUGGCAAAACGCACGGCAGGUUCAAAACUACUUCCAACAGUACGGAGAACCUCGGCCAACCGAUGCGACGCCGGAUCCGGACCAAGAGCAGGAGCUGGACGACGAGGAAAACAUGUUCCUGAUGCUGACACAGCGCGUCAACAGCGUUUACACCGAGGCAGCCUUUCAAAGCUUCUCGGGCGAUUUGCGCCACUAUCUGAAGGGCAUACUCGAGGGUUACCGGCGCGUUUGGGUCAAGUUUGAUCCGCAGCUCAUUUCGCACGGCCUGCUCAUCACUUUUCUCGGCUGUUUUGCGAUGGCAAUUCUGAUCGUGAAUUCCACGCCCCAUCAGCUGUCCACCAUGUUUACGGAGGGGACCACCUCGUACGCCUUUUUGCUGGUGUUCUUUGCCGCCCAGACGGGGUACGCCUUUCACGAGCUGUUUGGGCUAAGCUCCGCCCAGCACGGUGUUAUCCUGUUCGGGUCCGUUGCCAGUAUCGGUCUGCUGGCACUGCUAGCGAUGCGCCACUGGGUAUCCAUCACGGAAAAUAUGGCCGCCUGGAAGCGGUCCGCCAACGUACUAACGCGUGCCUCGUUCGUGUUUACCACGUGCGUAUUUUUUGCCAACAGCUUCAUCGUACAAGAGCAGAAGAUUCUGUCCUACGUGCUGAUGGGCUUCUUCCUGACGACGCUCUACAAACUGCACCGCUUGGGUGGACGGUUCGCGCUGCCCCGUUUACGACUGACUGCCCUACGGAAGUCAACGCUAGCGAAACUGGUCGCGCUGACGCUCUUUGCGCUUGUGCUGAUACGCGUUUCCGAUGGAUACUUCCGGUGCCGCGAGGAGCAAGCCAACUGUACCGACCACCUGGUAAAAGCACCGACGGCAACCUCACCCACGGAAGGGCAGCGUAGAAGAGGAGCCACCGAUUCGGACAUUGACGUUGUGCCGUGUGUCGCCCUCGUGCUGUACAUCGUCUGCGCCCGGCUGUACUUGAGAGCGUGUGGAAAUCUAACCGGAACGAGCGUGAACGUCCUGCUGGCCCGGUACGGCCCAACCGUUGCGGUCGUUUGUACCUGCGCACACUUUACCGUGUCGAAGUCCAGUGUGCAGAGUGGAAUUCCGCAGCUGCACGUCGACGCACUGGCGUGGGUCGUUUACGGACUGUUGCUGGUGCAGAUCGGAGUAAUCGUCGGAACGCCGCUGCUCCUGUACGUGCUUCCGAAGCGGACCGACGUGCUGAACGUUCUGUACGGUGAGCGGGGUAACGUGGCACCGGAAAUCUACCGCCAGCUGAAGGAGACCUAUCGAGGACGUUCGGCCGACGAUGCGUCCUCCGAUAUACCGAUCGUAUGCGGACUGGGCACAGUAUACUCGUCCGUGUUUAUCUCCACCGGCACGCUGCUCACCGUGACGCUUGCCCUCCUGCUCGGAUCGCACGGCACGAUGGGAUUAAUAAUCGUGAAUAGUGUCGCCGUGGCGUACGGCAUAAUCGCCGCCAUUUUGCAGUACGAGCAAUCAUCCACCAGUCUGACCGCGUGCAUUCAACCCUCCUUCCCAACGCUGCUCACCUGGGUUAUUCUGCAGCAGUACGGAUUCUUUGCGACCGCACAUCAACCCACCCUAUCGCAGAUCGAUUGGAAUGCGGCCUUCGUCGGGCGGACGUAUCAUUUCGACGGUAGCAACAUCCUGUCCGCCGUUCUUGUGCUCCUGAACACAUUUUCCGUCACGUUUCUGCUGUCGGUACUGUUCCCGCUGCUUGUGUUCGUUCCGUUUUGUGUGUACACCAUGUGGCCCACGCUGGCUCAAAGGCCUGCCAUCACACCAAAGACCACCGCAUCGGUAGGCGCACCACCCGCUUCAUCCCAGCCCCAAGGACGGGGAGCAGCGAAAGCGGCCGAUUCCAGCAGCACGAUGCGUAAAAUUACUUCCGAAGGUGGAAGCGUCGAGUAUCGUAGCGUGACCGUGAGCAAGGCGGAAGAAUCGAGCGACGGAACGGUGGCCGAUUUCGAUAUUACCAAGGGCGAGCUGAAUCUGUACGAGAAUGAGAAGCUGUUCCUUGGGACCGUGUUCAAAACGGCUUGCCAGUUGAUACUGCUGCAAUCGUUGAGGAUAUUUUGUGCCAUGUUUGCCUGCACGCUGCACUGCCGCCAUCUGAUGGUGUGGAAGAUUUUUGCACCCCGGUUCAUCUACGAAGGUAUCGCCAGCUACGUCAUGUUUGUCGGGGUGACACUUGGCUUCCUGCUGCUGCUACGCGUCCAUCGGUCAGUCGGUGUGCUGAUAACGGCCAUCAACAAGCGCCGAUAGGUACGGCACAUUCUUCGGGUUCGGCGCUCACCGGUCAUUUAGCGAUAUAUGUUCUCCAAACCCCACCACCACCACCACCAUCAAAACCACCAACUCUAGUCUUGUGUUCAGUAUCUCAACCUUCCGACGAACGAAACGGUAUUGUGGAGCGUCCCUGAACGGGCGUUUUCAAAGUAGUAGACGAACGCGCGCUUUGAGGUGGUUGACUAACGUCUACUUUGUUAAAUAAGUUUUUUGUUUUGUUUUUGUAGUGAUUAUUGUGACGACUAGUUUCGCGGGAGGCUUAAUGAGUUUGAGAUAGAAUGUGAACAGUUUACGCCUUUUUCUCACGAGCUGCAGGAUAUUGCCUAAACAAUUUUUCGUUAAAUUAUGCAUUUGCACAAAUAAAACUGACAAAAAUUAAAUACUUC